AUGUACACCGCGUACUGUACCCAGAUCCUCUCCGAGCUCCGUACCUUUGCAAGCAAUGAUACCUCGUUAACCCUGUCCGCCGCGAACCAGACACAGACAGUCCCCGUGAGGCUCGUCCACUCCCAGCUCCGCGUGCAUCAGGAUGCCCAAACCACAUAUAUCCUCCUAGCGCUUCUAGCCACGAUAGCCUGCUUUGCGCUUCUGGUAUUCUGUGCCAUUUCCCGUGUUGCCAUCUUACCCAAAGAGCCUGGGUCCAUCGCGUCCAGAUUCUCCCUUCUUGCUGACAGCUUGCUGGUCAGACAACUGCGGCAGGGGAAAGUAUCCGAGGUGAAUGAGAUGCGCAAGUGGCGCGAGAAUGCUGCUCUGGGGUGGUGGCGUGGUAUUCCUCCGGUUUCUGAUACGGACAGGUAUUCGACGUCGACGUCGACGUGGAGGUGGGGAGUCGAUAUUGGACACCAUGUCAUCCUGCAGAGCUGGAAGAACCCUCCACACUAUCCUCAUCCUCCUUCUCCUGCUGCUUCUCCUGCUGCUUCUCCUGCUGCUUCCCCUUCUCCGAAUUCGACGCGGAGCUCCCUAUGCUCUACGCCAAUGCUCCCUGAGCUUUUGUUCCAGCGCGAGGUGGAGAUACCACUGACGGAAACAGAUAGCCAGCGGAGUUGGAGUUCUAUCAGCAGCAUUGACGUUGACAUACUCCAUGAUUAUACACGGUGA